CCACUGCUUUGAGUGUUUCUUCCCACAGACCGACAACCAUCCAAUUCUCUACGAGCCGACCACACCUCUCGAAUCGACCAAACGCCUCUCCACAUCCUGGCGUUGGUAAUGACAACGCCUAUAUGAGAUUGCCCAUCGACGCCAUCCACCGCCGCCGCCGCCCUUCUACCCCCAAUCGCCGCAUGCCGGCAUUCCUUCUCUUCCGAAGCAUCGCAUACCGACACCUCUCCUCGCCGCUAUGAGGUUGCCGAUACUACUGCCUCUGCUUGCAGCUUCAGCAGCAUGUGCCAUAUCUACCCAUUCUCCCCGCCGAAUCCGCAAUUACGAUGCCCACGAUUAUUACGUCGUCGAGCUUCCUGCUCACAUCAGUGUCCAGGCUGCUGCCCAAGACUUAGGCUUGCAUUACGAUGGUCCGCUGGCUGGCCUGGAUCAUCACCACAUCUUUCGCACUGACGACGUGCAGCACGGCUACGACCAUAUCAAAUCAGUGAAAGAGGAUCUCAAAAGGAGGAGGAGAAAACGAGAGCUUGGCGCAGACAAGGAGCAUGUCCUGGACCACAGGCUACUAGCACAAAAGCAAGAGUUACACAAGCGCUUCCCCUUGGUCAAACGAGGUGCUAUACCAGCUCCGCCUCCAAUCCGAGUGAGCACAGAAUUCCACUCCGAACUUGAUGCUGUGCCCGAACUUUUCGAGGAAAACAAGAGAAUUGCCUCAAACCUGAGCAUAAAUGAUCCUACCUUUCUCGAACAAUGGCACCUGUAUAACCACGUCCAGCCCGGCCAUCAUAUCAAUGUUUCCGGUGUUUGGGAGCAGGGCAUCAAGGGGAAAGGCAGCACCGUUUGCAUCGUCGACGAUGGCUUGGACUUCGAUAGCGAUGAUCUGAAGGACAAUUAUUGCGCCGAGUGCAGUUGGGACUACAAUGAUCCCGGUCCAGACCCCAAACCGCGACUAGAUGACGACCGCCAUGGCACACGAUGUGCAGGAGAGGUUGCCGCUGUGCGAAACGAUGUCUGUGGUGUUGGCGUCGCAUACGAGGCGAGAGUUGGAGGAGUCCGCAUCCUGUCCAAAGUCAUCUCGGAUAUUGACGAAGCUGAGGCCAUGACUUACGCCAACCAGCAGACCCAGAUCUACUCGUGCUCGUGGGGACCGCCAGACGACGGCAAAGCAAUGGAAGCACCGGGCAUUCUCAUCCGAAGAGCCAUGCUCAAAGGCAUUCAGCAAGGUCGCGCCGGUCUUGGCAGUAUUUUUGUCUUUGCCAUUGGCAAUGGAGCUGCCCACGACGACAAUUGCAACUUCGAUGGCUACACCAACAGCAUCUAUUCCGUGAGCGUCGGAGGCAUCGAUCGCAAAGGCCUACAUCCCUACUACAGCGAGGCAUGUUCCGCACAGCUGGUCGUGACCUACUCCAGUGGCUCCUCCGAUGCUAUCCACACUACCGAUGUUGGACAAAACUCGUGCUAUACUAAUCAUGGCGGAACUUCGGCCGCCGGCCCAUUGGUGGCUGGCAUCUAUGCUCUCAUGCUCGAGAUCAACCCGAAACUCACUUGGCGAGACAUUCAGUGGCUGACAGUCAUAACCGCCGUGAAACUCGAGGACCAGCCCAGCGACUACCAGAUGAAUAAGGCCAUGAACAAGGACUUCUCCCAUCAAUUCGGUUACGGCAAGGCUGACGCUUGGGCCAUGGUGGAGGCUGCCAAGACCUGGAAGAACGUCAAACCUCAGGCCUGGUAUUACAGCCCGUGGCAGCACGUGAACCACGACAUUCCGCAAGGAGAUAAGGGCCUGGCUUCGACCUUCGACGUGACAGAGGACAUGCUCAAGGAGGCGAAUCUGGCGCGUAUUGAACACGUAACCAUCACCAUGAAUGUCGAACAUACUCGUCGUGGUGACCUGUCUGUAGAUCUCAUAUCGCCAACCGGAAUGGUGUCGCAGUUGUCCACAGCUCGCCGCGGCGAUGAGGCGAAUGUAGGAUAUGUCGAUUGGACGUUCAUGUCUGUUGCUCACUGGGGAGAGUCUGGUGUCGGCACUUGGGCGGUCAUAGUCAAAGACACCAAGGUCAAUGAACACAGCGGGAAGUUCACGGAUUGGCAUAUGAAGCUGUGGGGUGAGGCAAUUGAUGGCAAAAACCAACCACUCUUGCCAUUGCCCACGGAUCGCGAUGACGACGAUCAUGACCUGGUCCUUCCGACCCAGACAGCCACCGUUCACACCACAACUGUCGCCGUGCCGACCGAGACCGGAACCCCGGCAGGCAAUCCGGAAGACCACCCAGAACGUCCGGUCAAGCCAACAGCAACACCUACACUUGAGCCUAUUCCCCCAAUCCCGACCCCAGACAAGGGUGACGGCAAGGCAGAAGAUCUAUCAGAUAUCAUGCCUCCGACUGCCACCGACACAUCCAAUCUCCUCCCACAUCCCUUCCCAACCUUCGGCGUCUCCAAAAAGACCCAGACUUGGAUCUACGGCUCCAUCGCCCUCAUCCUCAUCUUCCUCACCGGCCUCUUUAGCUGGAUGCUCUGGCAGAAACGCAAGAAGCAGAGAUGGGGACGAACCGACUACGACUUCGAAAUGGUUGAUCGCGACGAUGCCGACGAGUCGGCUCCUCUCGCUAGCAGCGGCUAUGCGAAUGGCGGAACUGGCACGCGCAAGAAGCGCGGCAAUGAUCUCUACAAUGCGUUUGCGGAAGGUAGUGAGGAUGAAGCUGAGGCUUUUGAACUGGGAAGCGAUGAUGAUGAAGACGACGGUGUAGAGAGUCCGAGCGAAGGUAGCAGUAGAGAUGCUGGACGAGGUGAGAUGACUGGCCGGCAUGGAAGAUAUCGCGAUGAAGAGCCGAAGAGAGAAGGACUCAAUGUCGAUUGA